AUGAAUGGCAUGGACGACAACGAAGACGAGACAGAUCUGUUCGACGACGACUUCGAUAAUCUGUCGGAGUCUGCUCUUCAGGAACUCGAACAACAUGCCCUCUUUUCGACCCAACAAGCCUCGUUGCAGGCCCGGAUGUCCACACAUGCACAACAGAAGCACACAUCCUUUUCCCCAAAUCGACUUCAGGCCCAGGCACCGCUGAACACAAACCCGCCGCUGAGACACCCCGCUAUUCAGAGGCAUCUCACUGAACCACAGUCUGAAGAUGAAAGUUUUGAGCUGGUUGGUGAAGAUGGCGUGUCAACGCCAGUCAACGAACAUGAAGCAUAUCCGUUGCGUCGACCAGUGGUUCAGCGAGGACAGUUUCGGCACCCACGCAACGGCCAUACGUAUGACGGAGCCCCUUUUAUGCCUACGAAUCCAAAAACCGCUCAGCGUCAAUUUGACAGAUCUCAGCCAAACGCAUCAGAGCGCGGAUAUCAUGGUGUUCCGUCAAGAUCCGAGGAAAUGCUUCUGGAUGGGCCCUCGCAAGAGGGUGGAGGCGAACUACAGCAGACAUAUGGAAGCGACGUAAAUCGGUCACACCUCGAAGAGCUCACGAAGCACCGGGAUGAACUGUUUCGUCAGCUGGAAGCGACAAAGGAUACGGUUAUGAUGCAGAAGGGCGAAAUUUCAAUCAUCAGGGCGAACUUUGAGAAAGAGAUCAAGGUCUUCGAUAGGCAGAUAAGCGCUCUUCAAAAGACAAUGGCAGAAGAAUCCGCAAAACAUACAGCCGCUCUCCAGGCGAUGAUGGAAAAGAACAACACCCUUACCACCAGGUACAACUUCCUUCAGCAGGAAUACAAUCAGGAAUUGCAAAACAGCAAGGCGCUCCAGCAACGUCUUAAAGAGAGGCAACAACCGGCAAAGGAUAACAACCCGACGACGACUCCCAAACGCGGCAUGGUUAGCUCUCUCCGUGAUGGCUUCGACGACGACGAUGUAAUGGCCAUCUCCCCAUCGAAGUCUGGUCGGCGCUCAAAGCCCCAAACUCCUCCUGCUGCCAACAAGAGGAAGCGGAAGGCCGAUGUCCCGAGUCCUGUCAAGCCUCUGGUGCUCCGACCCCCUAGCACGAUACCUCCUGAGUCACCGCCGCCACCGCAACCACAACCGGUGCAAGUUGAGGAUCAAUCGAUUACCAUUGUCCGAACCGACAAGCAGGCUGAGCGGAAUUUGCGCUUCCUACAAGAUCUUCUGGAGUACCGGGUCAAAGGGCAGACAUUGAUUGAAGCCCUGGUUGGAUUCUCAUCUCCAAGCAAUCCAUCCAAGACGUUCUCAGUUAUCCUACUCGAGAGGACAGCGCGUCUUAAAGGCCCUGAUCUUCCUCGUGAUGUCCUGCACAUCCUCAUUGACCUUUGGUCUAAAUCGUUGAAGGAAGAGUACUACAAGCCUGUUGCUUUACUUACCCAGAUUAUCAAGCACGUCAUUGAACUCGACCUGUCUGUUCUUGACGCAGACACGGUUGCUCCUCUUGCGCUAGUUCUCCAGAAUUCCGCGUACAUCAAUGCCAGAACACGCUUCAAGCACUCUCCAGUGAACCCUUCCACCUUUGGAGAGGUGCGCCAGACUCCUCAGUCUCUGUUGAACCACGACGUCAAUGGGACAGCUUGCAUGGAACUGCUUCUGACGAUUGCAUACGCUAUUUCCGAUGAGCCAGACCUUCUCUCGUUACUCUGGCGCGAAAUGCCUCCGGACUUCAUCUUAAUGAUGCUUACCGUAUGGCAGCCGGUUGCAGACAUCACAAUCAUGCUCCAAUUGCUUGCCACCAGCACUUUCCCUUCAACAUUUGGUAGCAUCUGUGUUGAUGAUUCACAGGAGUAUAUGGAACACCACUUGCUGACCCGCAUCUCUUCCCUCCUUUGGGAGAUCCCUAAAGUGGAUGAUGGGCUUCCUCCCAACACCUCCGAGGAUAUCUGUCAAUUGCGGGUCGAGGUCAUGAAUCUAUUGAUCAACAUUGCCAUCGGAUCGUCUCCGCAUCCGCACGAUGAUCAGGCUCACCAUGGCAGCCAACUCAUUGCGAGCCAUCCAAGCGCCAUCGGACGUAUUGUCCGUAGUCUGUACGACGAGGUCUCGGCAAUGUACGAGCUCACGCCCUGUCACGCUCUGCAUGCAGAGAUUGUCAACAAAGGUGUUCACUUGCUCUACCACGUGUUGCAGCUUCAGGGCGCGAAGAUCAAUCUCCAAGAGAAACUGUCGGUGGUCAAUGGCGGAGUCCACAAACAUCGCGUCGUGCUGACCAGACUGGCGUUCUCCGAGGGCUUCUAUAUCGACAAGUUGAUCCACGACGAGACCGUCGCAAUGGCAACGAGUAUGCUCGAGGAGAGCGUUACGCCAGAUGAGGCCGACGAGUUGAUCGAGGCUUUCCCAGGCUUCAAGGGGCGAAGCGGCGGUAUGGUGACCGAAUGA